UGAGAUUUUUACAUUCUGCCUGCUUUUUUGUCUAGGAUAAAAGAAAUAUUACCACGACAUUUAAUUUCAUUGUUACCAUAAUUACUUGUAAACAUGAAUAUUUCAUCUUCUGCAACAGAUGAAUUAUUGCGAAAUGCAAUUUACGUUAUCAUUUUCUCACUGUUGUUGUACUUCGUUUACUGGUAUGCAUAUGGACGACUUCAAUUAUUCAAGAAACUUGGAAUUCCUGGUCCGACUCCAACUCUUUUUUUUGGUAACACCUACGAAAUCUUGAGAAAUCAUCGAGACAGAUUUCAUUUGUAUGUUCAUGAAAAUUUAUCAAAGUAUGGAGGGAUGUUCGGCAUGUUUACGUAUGGUGUUCCGACUUACGUUAUAACAGAUCGUGCGUUGCUCAAAGAAGUUCUUGUGAAGCAGUUUGAUAAGUUUAGUGACAGGCAGCAUUCUCAAACACGUCCAUAUCCUUUAAAUUUGAUGCUGGGUCAGCUCAUGGGUGAUCAUUGGAAAUUUGUACGAAGCAAGUUAUCGCCAUCGUUUACAACUGCAAAACUUCGACUGCUUAACACUUUGUUCAAUGAAGCCACUGAUACUGCUAUUAAAAUUAUAGAAAAAGAGAGGCAUCAUUCUGUUGAUAUGGCUAAGAUCUUUCAAGGAUUCUCCAUGGAGGCAAUUGUUUCAUCUUCAUUUGGAAUAAAGACUGAGUCUCAUACACCCCUUAACACAAAGAUGCUGUCUCUUGUCCAAGAAUUCUUCUUGGAUGCACCAGCCUGGCAUCGUCUGAUGAAUUUACUCCCUAUGGGUAAUUUCCUGCAAAGAAAUGUGCCUUGUCGAUUUUACAGUGUUUUAACAGAACUUUUUGCGCUUACAAAACCUGUGCUUGUUGAACGCAAAAGCACUGAGAAUAAACAGCAGGACUUAUUGCAGCUAAUGAUAGAUUCACAAACAGCAAACAACAAGAUUGGAUUGUCAGACGACGAAAUAUUUGCUUCGUGUUGUAUAUUCCUUGCAGCUGGAUUUGAAACAAGCAGUUCCACACUUUCAAACUUAAUGUUUGAGCUAGCUAAACAUCCAGAAUAUCAGGAAAAGUUGUUUGAGGAGAUAAAUACGAUUUGGAAAGACAAGUCAGUAGCACCAAGUUAUGAAGACGUACAGAAAACGAAAUACAUGGAUGUUUUGAUUGAUGAAUGUUUGCGAAUGUAUCCUCCAGGAUCAUUGAUAGCACGUGCAUGUAAAGAGGAUUGCACAAUAAAUGGUGUGAAGUUCUUCGCAGGAAGUAAUGUUAUGGUGCCCAUCUAUACCUUGCAUCGCGACCCCGCUGUCUGGGAGAAACCAAAUGAAUUUUAUCCAGACCAUUUCAGCGAUGAAGCAAAGAAAACUCGACGCGAUACCGAUUACAUGCCUUUUGGUUAUGGUCCGAGGAAUUGCAUUGGUAUGAGAUUUGCCGUUAUGGAGAUAAAAAUCAUUUUGACAAGAUUGAUUGGAAAGUAUAAGUUUUCAAUGGCAAAUGACACACCAGAUGAGUUAAAACUAACAAUGGUUAUUACAAAUAUAGCACGACAUCCUAUACCAUUAAAAGUGGAGGAACGUUAACAUCUGCCCCUGUUUACGACGAUGGAGUUUUUAUGUGAAACCAAAUUAAUGUUUUGCCUUUGCUCAUGUUAGAAUUUCUGAAAACGUUUAUAUAAGCAUUUUUAAAUUUCAUCUCGAACUAGGAGAAGCUGAUUUCUUAAAAUAUCGAGAUGAAGUUAUAUAAAAUAAUGUUUUUUGAUAAUACACGGUUUGUUUAAGAAAUCUCAAAAUUUUAACCGCCUAGUCAUCUUUCUUUUUUCUCUAUAACUUUAAAUAAUAGACUUAUUGUUUUUAACUUAAAAUCUCCUGGUAGGCAGAUAUUCUUAUAAAAAGUGUAUAUUGUUCAGACUUUCUCUAUGCAAAAUGCAAAAGAUAGAGAAAGUUUUACGAGAAAAUUGAAGGAAAACUUAUCCGACUUUGGAUAAUUUACUCUUCUUUUAUAGUGUUAAAUGUCAUAUGAAAAGGGGUACCUGUGUUUCCUAGGGGAAAUUUAUGAUGGUAAUUCGGUUACUAAUUUUUAAUAAAAUAAUUUUUAAUAACUUUAAGGAGUGUUCAUAUAAGGUAAAGUUGACCGGUUGACCAGGCUGAAUUUUUUUUUACGUUCAUAUGAGGCAGGCGGCUGACCUGGUUAAGCGGGCAGAACAAAGUCACGAAAGUUUGUUCAAAACAACGAUAAAUAACAAAAUAAUAAAAUUUAAUGAUAAUGUUAUUCAUCUGGAGUCUUUUUAUAUAUUUAUGGUUCUUCGUGUAUAUAAUAUAAUAUAUAAGGUUAUAUAAAUUGGCAAUAGAGCUAAACAUUCGAUAAUUUGUUCGUACACAAAAGUUAUAGUUUUAGGCCUGCCUGUUAUGUCUGUAAUAUUCUUUUAAUAAUUGUAGAUGGUUUAAUAUUCUCUAUAAUGAAACAUUUUGUUCUUGUCAUGAGUUAGUUCAAAAGAAUAUGUGCACAUAAGGGCAGCCAUUUCAAACCUUCCAUAUCUUCUAACAUCCUAACGUAACAAGGAAAAGAGCAGAAAAUUUAAAGAAAUCAAGUGUCGAAGAGUGUUGAAAUUGAGUUACAUUCUAAAAUUCUUGCUUUCAGAAAGGAGACUUUUUUGUGGCAGCCAGAAAAAACGUUUUGGGCAAGAGAAAUUUCUUUUUAUAUUUAUAAAUCCUAAAAUUUACCAAGAUGACUACUAUAAUAACAAAUAAAUAACUAUAUUUCACAACUAAGUAUCUAUAUAUCUUCCUA